AUGAUUUAAAGUAAUAAUUAUUGCUUGAUACAUCCUAAUUUCUUAGUAGGAGGAAUUUACAAGUCAUAACACAGCUUAAAAAUAUAAAGAAAGAUUUGUUUGGAGUGUAUUUUAAAAUUUAAAAUACCUCCUGAAUAAGUCUUAGCUAAACAAGAUUUCAUCUAAUCAUUACUUUAAAAGUCUUAAUAAUUAAAUAUGGUGAGCGAAAUAAGCAAAAGUGAAUCUUAAUAUAUUUUAAAAAAAUUCUUAUCAAAACUAGAUGACAUUAAAAAGGAAAUAACUUUGAUAUUUGAAAAUAUCAAGGAAUCUAUCUAAACGAUUUAAGAAUAUGAGAAAAUGAUGGAUAAUCAAUAUCUAAAAAUUGUUAAUUAAGAUUUAAAUCCAUUUGAGUGUUCUGAUACUUACUUAGAUUUUCUUGUGAAUUUUUUAGAAGGAAAUAUUUUUGAAUAAGAGAUUUCAAAAAAAAAAAAACUUGUUUCUUAAAUUCGAAAAAUUGAAGCCGUACUUGAAAAGCUUGUUUCUAAUAUGUACAAUACUAACCACUUGAUUGAAAAAAUUGGAGAAGAUUUGUAAGUUUUCAUAUUAUAAAUAAUAUAGUUUUUAAAUCUCUAAUAAAGAAACUAUUUUUCAUUUAGAAGGAAUAGAAAAUGGAAAUAAAUAGUUAAAAAAAAUUUAAUUUGAUGUAACAAUUUCUUAAAAUGGAAAUAAAGUAUAUAAAAAAGAUGGAUAGAUAAUAAGAGAGUAAAUAAAAUUUAAAAUUUUAGGGAAAAGUAAAAGUUAGGAGCAAAAAAAGAAGAAUUUAUAUAUAAUUUAGAACAAAUGAAAUAUUUAGAGUUCGAAGGAUAAUAUGGAGUUAAAGGUUAUAAAAUUAAAACCUGGAAGUACCUGUGGAAGGGAAAACAUAUUGGAGGUGGUAAUUAUAAUAUUAUGGGAUAAAAGGAAGGAAAGUGGAUUGAGUUAGGUGGAAAUUAUUGGGAGAUUUAAUACUAAUAAUAAAAUUAGUGAAAACAAAGUUUUAGAAAUUGGAUGUUAUUCUUAAGGAAAAAAAACAGGAUUAUGGUUUUUGAGCUGGAAUAAUUUAUAAAUGUAUCAAUCAAAUAUAAUAAUUAGUGGUGGUGGAUCUUAUAAUUAAGAGAGAGAAAAUAAAAAAAUAGGAAAUUGGAUAGAGUUAGAUGAAUUAUUUAAUUAUGAUAAAUAAGUCACUUAUAGUGGUGAAUAUAAUAUUGAAGGUAUGAAGGUAGGGAGAUGGGACAUUACUUAUUGUAAAUUUAAUGAAAAGGAAUUUUAAUAGAUGUAUAUAUUAUAUCAGUAUAGUCAAAAACAUUUAGUGGAGGAGGAUCAUAUGAUUAAGAGGGAAAUUAAAAAAAGAUAGGAAAAUGGAUAGAAUUGGAUAAAAUGUUUAAUUAUGAUAAAUAAGUCACUUAUAGUGGAGAAUAUAAUAAAUAAUAAAUGAAGGUAGGUAGAUGGGAUAUUAGUUAUUAUAAAUAUAAAGAAAAGGAGUUUCAUUAGAUGUAAAUAUUAUAUAAAUAUGGUAACGUUUUAGUGGUGGGGGCUUAUAUGAUUAAGAGGGAGAAAAAAUUGGAAAAUGGGUAGAAUUAGAUGAAAGGUUUUGUAAUCCCAAACAAGUCACAUAUGGUGGUGAAUAUAAAAAGGGCAUCAAAGUAGGAAAAUGGGAAAUAUGCUUUAAGGGUUUCGAAAGCAACUCAGAAUAUUAAUAAAUGUAAAUAUUGUUAAAGAAUAGUAAUAAUAUCUAAGUGGUGGGGGAUCAUAUGAUGAAGAGGGAGAAAAGAUAGGAAAAUGGGUAGAAUUGGAUGAAAGUUUUUGUAAUCCAAAAUAAGUCACUUAUAGUGGUGAAUAUAAAAAGGUUAUUAAGGAAGGAAGAUGGGAUAUAUGGUUUAAGGGUACUAAUAGAAACUCAGAAUAUCAAUAAAUGUAAAUAUAAUAUAUUAAUUGGAUCUAAGUGGAGGGGGAUCGUAUGAUUAAGAGGGAGAAAAGAUUGGAGAGUGGAUAGAGUUAGAUGAAAAGUUUUGUAAUCCAAAAUAAAUUACAUAUGUUGGUGAAUAUAAAAAAGGUAUUAAAGUAGGAAGAUGGAAUAUAUGUUUUAAGGGAACUGAUUAAAAUUCAGAAUAUCAAUAAAUGUAAAUAUAAUAUUCUAAUUAAAUCUAAGUGGAGGUGGAUAGUAUAAUUAAGAGUAAGAAAAGAUUGGAGAGUGGAUAGAGUUGUCAUAAAUGUUUUGUUAUUAAAAACAAAUUAUAUUUAAUGGUGAAUAUAAAAAGAAUAAGAAGAUAGGUAGAUGGAAUAUCAUGUAUUGUAAAGAGGGAGAUAAGGAAUAUCAAUCUAUGUAAAAUUAAAUACAAGUUUUUUAUUAAUAUUUUAGUGGUGGCGGUUCAUAUGAUUAAGAGGGAGAUUAAAAAAAGAUUGGAUAGUGGGAUGAGUUGGAUGAAAUGUUUGAUGUUUUUAAAAUUGUUAUUUAUUCUGGUUAAUACAAUGUGAAUAGCAUAAAAAUUGGUAAAUGGAUAAAGAGAAUCAGAGAAUAUUAUGAAGUGGAGUUUUAUAACCAUGAUGAAAAGAUUUAUGAUAAUUGA